AUGGAGGUGGAUACGGAAACGACGGUAACAGUGGUUCCAACAGGAGUCUACCAGAGCGGAUUAAGUCAUGUGCAGUUAUCACCGAGUGCUAUGCGUCUGCAAACGUACAGUGGCGAGUCCUUAGAAGUACGAGAAGAAGCAGAUGUUCCAGUGAGGUAUGGCAAUCAAUUCGCUGUGCUAAAAUUAGUUGUUGUUGAUGGUAGCUACAAGCCUGCAAUUCUUGGAAGGAGGUGGUUGCAGGUGAUUCACAUGGAUUGGAGCUCAUUGUUUCAAGUUCAUGGAGAGGAACGUCUUAGUCUAGUUGAGCGGAUUCCUGCACUAUUUGGUCCAGUAGUCGGUACCUUGGAGGGAAGUCAAGUCAGGAUUACACUUAAGGAGGGAGCUCAAACGAAGUUCUAUAGACCCCGUCCUGUACCGUACGCGUUACAAGAGAAAGUGGACAGUGAGCUGUCACGGCUGCAAAACGAGAGCAUACUGAGACCUGUGGAAAGCAGUCAUUGGGCUACGUCCAUAGUAGUGGUCCGGAAGGCAGAUGGGACUGUGCGUCUGUGUGGAGAUUACAAGGUGACAAUCAAUUCUUAUUUAGAGAGCAAUCCAUACCCUAUGCCUAAUCCGGAAGAUCGUUUUGCCACAUUAGCAGGAGGAGCUAUAUUUUCAAGGCUGUAUAUGAAACAUGCUUACCAACAGUUGCAAGUGGAGCAAGGCAGCCAAGAAUAUCUGACCGUGAAUUCCAGUAAGGGGCAGUUCGCUUACACUCGAAUGCCGUUUGGAAUCAGCACAACACCCAGCAUCUGGCAGAGAGAAAUGAAUAGGAUCUUGGCAGGAGUUGCCGGAACAGUAUGCUACAUAGAUCAUAAGGGCGGGUCUAAAAGCUCAAACGAGAAAAAAUGUCAAUUCAACAAGUCACAAGUUGAAUAUCUAGGCCAUGUUAUCAGCAGCAGAGGCAUUCAACCGUCAGAGAGCAAGGUGGAAGCAAUUCGAGAUGCACCACCACCGACACAUGUUACUGAAUUGAAGGCAUUCUUGGGUCUUCUCAGUUACUAUAGGAAGUUCCUGCCUAAUCUGAGUUCAGGAACAAGACAGAUGAAAGCAUUUUUGGAAGCGAAACAGAAGCUGUUGCAGUCUGAUUUCUUAGUACACUACGACUUAAAGAAGCCUGUCAUUCUAUGCUGCGAUGCAUCACCAGCAGGAGUCGGAGCUUGCCUAUCACGUGUCAUGGCAGAUGGAGCAGAAAGACCGAUAGCUUUCGCGUCUAAAACUCUUUCUCAAGAGGAAGGAAAAUAUGCACAGUUGGAGAAAGGGGCACCGGCUCUUAUCUUUGGAGUGAGACAGUUUCACAAAUAUUUAGUUGGGAGACAGUUCACUUUAGUGACUGACCAUCAUCCAUUACUACGGGUCUUAGGACCACAUGUUGGAGUCCCAACCUUGGCAGCAGCACGUUUGCAGCGCUUGGCUCUUAUUUUGAGUGCAUAUGAUUAUGAAAUCCAGUAUAAGCCAGGAGUUGAGAAUAAGGAAGCUGAUUUGCUAUCCAGAUUACCCAUUCCAGUAGAAGUCAUUGACCCAAAUGAGCAGACGUUUAAUGUGGAUUACUGUGAGGCAUUACCCAUCACUGCAGCAGAGAUUGCAAAAGAAACGCAGAGAGAUCGAAUUCUAAGGAGAGUUUAUCAAUAUACAAAAUGUGGUUGGGGACCCAGUGGUGAACCAGCCAUAGAACAAUACAGGAGACGAGCGAGUGAGCUUUCGAUUGAGAACGGUUGCUUACAAUGGGCGAACCGUGUCAUCAUUCCAAGCAAGUUGAGAUCGCUGAUUCUAUCGGGGUUACACGGACACUUGGGAAUGAGUCGAAUGAAAUCAUUGGCCUGCAGCUAUGUAUGGUGGCCAAGCCUUGAUAAAGAGACUGAGGAAGCAUUGAAACGGUGUGAAGCUUGUCAAAGUCUGCGCAACAACAAACCGGCUCGGGAUGAUCCUCCACACCCUUGGAUUUAUCCUCAGAAGCCAUGGGAGAGAGUACACGCUGAUUUUUGUGAAGUCGCAGAAAACAGUCCUGCAACCUAUCUUGUAAAUGUUGAAGGAGGGACAAGGUAUGUUCAUAUUGACCAAUUGAGAGUGCGUGAUGGAAGAAGUUUUCCAGAGUACACAUGGGAACCUACCGAGGAGAUCUCUCUACUCACAGGGAACAAAGACAAUGACAACAACAAGCUAAAAGGACAAGAUGAAUCGAAAAGUGCACGAGAAAACAUCACUGAGAUACCAAUGGCUCAGCAGCCGCACCAGACACCACCGUCCACAACAGCACCAGAAGAGAGACCAUAUCCUCUCCGGGAAAACAGGAAACCACCCAAACGUUUCUUAUCAGAUUACUUUGUUGGUGUUCAGCAUGGAACUCAGUCGUCGUUUAGACAAUUUUCCUUUGUGAAGGCUUCACCUCAAAAUCGUCUCUCUCUUGUUAAACUAUUUUAUCGCUGUUUCAAACCUAUUGGUCAUCGGGGAGACCUUCUCAACAUCAGGGAAUACCAUUCUUUUGUCACUCUCAUUUGUCCUGAUUUUCCUCUUGAAACUAUUCAGAAAACAGCUCGAAUCAUAUUAAUUAACUGA